AUGCGCUGUUAUCGUAGCUUAGAUGUUCCCGGUGUUGACAUGCUGAGCGAUGCAUUUGAGUUCAAUACUGUCAAGCAAUGCAGCAGUGUCGCCCGGCAGAAUGGCGCUCGAGGCGUCAUGAGUGAGAUAUACGGCGUAACAAACUGGACGUUUGAUUUCGCUGGUCACAAGGCUAGUGGAGACUGGCAGGCUGUUUUGGGUAUCACCUUCCGAGUUCAUCAUCUGACCUGGGUCAGCAUGGCCGGUGAAGGCAAGCGAGACUACCCAGCAUGCAUUGGAUACCAAAGCAACUGGUACAAACAGUACCCAUACAUCGAAGACCAUUUCUCUCGACUUAACGUCACACUGACGCGCGGCAAGCCCGUGACUCGGGUGGCGGUCAUUCAUCCUAUCGAGAGUUUCUGGCUGUGCUUCGGGCCAAUGGACUCGAACGCAGAUGAGAUGGCGUACAGAGACCAGGCUUUUGAAGACUUGACAAAGUGGCUCAUCUUCGGCCUGGUUGACUUUGACUUUGUAUCUGAGAGUUUGCUCCCAGAGCAGUGCAGUAUCGAGUCCAUCACGUCAAACAAACUCCCGGUAGGCAAGAUGGAGUAUGAGGUCGUCAUUGUCCCCAAUCUGCGGACCAUAAGAUCCACUACUUUGACACGACUGGAGAAGUUCACACAGAAUGGUGGCCGCGUCCUUGUGGCCGGAAGCCAACCAUCACUUGUUGACGCCAUGCCAUCGCCGAAUGGUGUUGUCAGCACACCUUAUGCCGAUGCUAUACAGUUCAGCUCUUUCCACAUCCUUCAAGCUCUUGAACCGUUCCGAGAUGUUCGCAUCAGAACCGAUGAGGGUGUCCCUUCCAAUAAAAUUCUGUAUCAAAUGCGAGAUGAUGGCGAUAAUAAAUAUGUCUUCAUCUGCAACACAGACCGGGUCCGUUACUAUCCCACGAAAAUUGAUAUUCGUGGCGAAUAUGAGAUUACCCUGCUUGACACUUUUACAGGUGAAGAGCGAGCUCUUUCAUCCAAAGUUGCGAAUGGGUGGACCACUAUUGAGUGGACCUUUGAGGCUAUUGGAAGCGUUUUGCUUCGACUCUCUGUUAUUGAGGCACCCAAGCAAGCCUCCACGUCAGAGUCGAGCCAGCAAUUCGUGCCGCGGAAUUCCCUCCGCACGCUAGGGACUGAUGUCUCUCUUGACCAAGUCACACUUAGCGAACCAAACGUGCUCCUUCUAGAUUUCUGCUCUUAUAAGAUCGGUUCUGGAGACUGGUCCAAGGAAGGAGAAGUUCUUCGACUGGAAAAUGACAUUCGCAGCGAAUUGCAGCUGCCUCUGAAACUAGAGGCUCUCCGUCAGCCUUGGUCGCAACCCGAAGAGAAGACCAAGCCCAAGGCAGAUGUAACUGUACGAUUCAAGUUCGUUACAACAACCCCCAUCAAGGGAACGCAACUUGCUAUUGAGGAUGCACCUAAUGUCAGGAUCGCUAUCGAUGGUGCUCAUCUCAGUCAGCCAACAACCGUCUCUGGAUGGUGGGUGGACGAAGAUAUUCAUACCGUCGACCUCCCUCCGAUCGCAGCCGGAGAACACGAACUGGAACUCACAUACGCCUUUGGACUACUUACGAAUAUUGAGCGUGUCUACCUUCUGGGAAACUUCAGCGUGGACAUACGGGGACGCGAGACCACUAUUAAGCCGUUCGACUUAAAGAUCAACUUUGGUGACUGGACUACAAUGGGACUGCCGUUCUAUGCGGGCAACGUCACUUAUCAUUGUUCAUUCUCUGCAAAUACACAAGAAGACCAGGACUUGUGGCUAGAAUUACCAAGUCCGCCUGCCACUUUUGUGGCAGACGCUGUCACCACCGAUGUUGUCGGUGAGACUGACGUCGAAGAAGAGAAUGUGGCUACUGGAGUGGUGGUUGGCAAUGACGAGCUCAACGAGGAGCUCACUGGUGCUGCCGACUCCGAAGUAGUCUCGACCGCAGUGCUCGAGACUGCGACGCUGGUGGCCGAAAUCUCGACAGAACUGGUCUGA